CCAAGUGGCACCCCAAGAAGGACCCCGAAAACCUUCAACCAAAGCAGAGCUCGAAAGAGACAAGGCAGCCCAAAAGGCGCCAUAGCGCAUAGCAAUCAACAUCAAUACAGACCCAAUACAAUAAUACUAACACCCCAUAAUGUCCACAGACCCUCCAGAAAACUCACAAAAUACAAAACAAACGAGGCCCAAGCGAAACGCGGUCACAUUCAGAUCAUCCAAAAGGUCCAUCCCGGAACUGAUCAGUGACCCAUCCAACACCUCAGAAAUCAUAGACGAACAAUCAGCAAGAACAGUCCUAGAAUCCAGACUAUUCAUCACGCCAGCAGCAGAAAUAACCAUAGAUACACUAACCACAGCUCUCCUAGACUUCACAGUUCAAGCACCAUCGCUCACACCAAUGCACAUCGAUAUCAUCCGAGCCAUCGCCAUCCUACUCUUCAAAACAGAUCACAAUCAAAAAGCGAAGACAAUAUCAGACGCGAUAAGCAAGCAACUAGAAGAACCUCUUACUCGGCUCAACAAACUGGCAAACACCAACAUCCAAGAGAAUGCAAACCUAGAUGCGAUAAACGAAACAAUGAAGAAAGCAGAAGCAUCAAUAGACAAGAUCACCAACACAAUCGAAGAAAUCAAGAACACAAUAGAACAAAUCACUCCAACCAUCAACACAGCGCAAAACGGAACUACCAACACGACCAACAUUGAAACCAGCCUAGAGAAGAUACAACAAGAAGUAACAACACUAGUCAAGGAAUCAGUCCACAAAAACGGAUACAAAACAGCCCUGCUCUCGGGACUAGACAACAACGCUAAUGAUCAUACCACACAGAUAGCUGCAAGAGACGCAAUCAAGGCCCGUCAAAUACUCAUAAACGUAACCUUGGAUGGACCAAUAGCCCCAAGUAAGGUAUCUCAUGCACAACUCGUGGAGAAAAUACAAACAGCAAUAUCCUCCCUCGACGACGCCGACAAGCCUAUCCUAGUCAUCAAGAACAUCAAUCAAUACCGCAAUGGAGGAACCGUAAUCGAAAUGACGACAGCAGAAGCCGCAGAAUUCCUCAAGAAAAACACCGUAAAAGAAGAACUCAUCAAAAAACUAGACCCGAAAGCCGUUUUCAAGGACAGAGGAUACCCGGUAGUUAUACAAUUUGUCCCACUGACGUACGACCCCGAUAAUCAAAACCAUAUACGAGAACUCGAAGCAGAGAACAACUGGGAAGAAGGCACCAUUACACUGGCAAGAUGGAUCAAGCCACCCAACAAGCGUAACGAACAACAACGAGUCGCUCACCUACUAAUCAUCCUCAAGAACCCCAACAACGCAAACGAAGGAAUACGAAAUGGGAUAACGCUCGAGAAUGCACGUCCCACAAAGACGUCUGCGCUAACUGCUCUGAAGAACACAGGACUAGUGAAUGCAACAAACGACAUAUCCGCAAAUGCAUCUCAUGCGAAGAGGAAGGCCAUGCCAGCUGGGAACGCAGCUGCCCAGAAUUCGAAAGGCGAUGCGCGGACAUGGACAGAAGAUACCCCGAGAAUACCAUGCCGUUCUUCCCUACAGAGGAACCCUGGACCCAAGUAUCAGCCCCUCCGAGACCAGCCAACACCCUCAAAACUCAACAACGAAAUACAAACCCCAACCCCUACCCCGGCCCCAAUCGCAAUCAAGAUACAUUAG